CAGAAGUAAACACUAGGAAUGGACAUGCACAUAAGCAUUUUCAAUAUCCUAACCAAGAAAAAGAAUCUUCAAUUUGAAAAGCUGUAAAGAAACUUGGAUAAUCAAUAGAACUGAAGGAAGGAAACGAAAGCACACAAUGACUAAAAAGUAUUUUUUGUUACAAUUUAAUGACUUAUCUGAACCAAAAAUAGUUUCCUUCUCCCUUAGUGUUAUUCCAAUAUGGCAACAAUGAAGAUUUUCUGCGCGCAAACGCAUUCGGUUGGUAGGUGAGUGUUUUUUUACAUUGCCAAAAAUGAUAUGGAAAUGUCAGAAUUUUUUUAAAAUUGCCAAAAAAGGUUAGAUGGAAUGCGAUUUAAGCAAGUCUCGAUACAAUUCAAUACGUCAACAUCGUAAAUUAACUUCGAUAUGAGUAAAAAUUGAAGAAGUUCCUUUCAAGAAGGAGAUUUUCCAUUUGCCAUUUCCUUAACCUGCAGCUUUUUUGGUAAUCAAAGAAAAAAUUGUUUGAUACAUUUUUUUGCUACUGAAUACGCCUAAUUAGAAAAAAUGGCAGUAGAAUCACAGAUGAUGGCAAAUCCUAAUUUGAAUUUUAUUCCUGAUGCCGUGUUUUUGGACAUUUUUUCUCAGCCUAGUUAUACAAUUGGUCAAUAUAAGAAGCCAGAUCAUGAGGAUUUGAAUAUGUUGAACAAUAAUAUGAAUAAAUCCGAAGUGAAGCUGGGCACAGUGGAUGUUAUUAAUCAAAAUUUGUUGAAUCUUCGCAUAAUGCCUCCGCCACCCCAUAAAAUGGUCAAUUAUAACAAUAACAACAAUACGGUUAAGCGAUACCAGCCCAGAGAUAAUACAAGAUCAAGAGAUAACUAUAGGCCUAUUUCUCCUAAGGGAUAUGACAGUGAUGAGAGCUGUACAUCUUAUUCUUCAAGAGGAACGCCGACAGACAAUCGUUUAAAAUAUUAUAACACUUCAAGAUGCGGAGUGAACAAGCUGAACGACCAAAAUGUAGUGUUUGGCAAAUAUAGCCAAAGUACACCUAAUGUAUAUCAUACUAAUGUUCAAUACACAUCCAAUAUUCAAAAUGGUACCCAUAACAAUGGACACUACAACAAAACUAGGAGCUAUACAAAUAGCAAUGGUACAACAAAUGCUAGUACAAACGGACGUCAAAAACACAACGUACACCAUAAAAAUAGCAUGGAUUCCAUGAUAAAGCGUGCCCACGGAUUGGUGGAGAGAUUCAGGUCCAAAUCGAAUCUCAUGAGAAUCGACCCAAAUCCGCCUGGGUUGUUGAACGGUGGGCCGUGGGACCAACUGAAUCAGACUGUUUGGGAUGUAUUCACUAGCAAGGCUCAAAAAGAAGAUACAUACGAGAGUAAAAUAAGUCUAUGGAAAAAUAUUUUUUUAAAUAUUAGGAAAUGUUUGAGUAGUUACGGUUUAUUCAUGGUGGGAUCAACCAUGUCGGGUUUUGGGUUGGAGAGUAGUGAUAUAGACAUGUGUCUACUAACCAAACCAUGUACAAAUGAUCCUAGACAUGAUGCACUUCAACACUUGGAGUCAAUAAAAAAUCUACUUCUGAAAAAUGAACUGACCGACGUUGAUCCUGAACUGAUUUACGCCAAAGUACCAAUACUUAAAUUCAAAGAUAAAGAUACUGGAUUCGAAAUAGAUCUGAACUGUAACAACUCGGUGGGAAUUCGGAAUACCCGCCUUUUGUAUUGUUAUGCUAGAUUAGAUUGGAGGGUACGCCCUAUAGUAAUAAUGGUGAAACUUUGGGCCCAAGCAAACAACAUCAAUGACGCAAAAAACAUGACAGUUUCUAGUUACUCGUGGGCGUUGAUGGUCAUACAUUAUCUGCAGUGCGGAGUAACACCACCCGUUCUGCCUUGUCUCCACGGAUUAAUUCCAGAAAAGUUCUCGGAUCACGAAAGCCAUUCUAUGGAUGUCCAAGAGGAAAUAUCCAGUAUCAGAGACUUCAAAUCGGACAAUAUCAUGAGUUUAGGGGAACUUUUGAUAGGCUUCUUCCAGUAUUACUCCUUAUAUAAUUUCCAGCAGUAUGCCAUAUCUGUCCGAACGGGCUCCAGUCUUCCAAUUGACGAGUGCCGUUACUUGAAAGCACCCAAAAAUGAUCCCCAUCAGUGGAAGUACUUAUGCAUAGAAGAACCUUUCGAUUUAACCAACACAGCACGAUCUGUUUUCGAUCUGGAGAGUUUCAAACUCAUAAAAACCAUCAUCACUUUGUCCUACGAAGAAUUGGCGACUUCAAAAAUGCUGAACAAUAUUCUGCCGGUGAGUUUGAAGCACGAGAUAAGAUGAUAUAAUGAUGACAGCUUUGGGGAAAACGUCUAAUUAUAGGUAAUGAACAAAUGAUUACAUUCCAGAAAAAUGUUUUUGGACAUAUAUAUAUAUAUAUAAAGACAUGUUUUUAUAUACAGUUUAUUACAAAUGGUGGUAGAUAUUUUUUUAUUGAUAAUAUUUUGAACAAAUUUCUGUCUAGGGGAAGGAGAAACUUUUGCGCUAAAUAUUAUGCAAGCUCUAUUUUGUGUUUGUUUUCUUGUGUUGAUACUGACCAUGGCAGUUUUCGGCAACACCGGGACUAGUAAUCGUUUUUCACAUAUUCUGUUUUUUUAAAUUCAUUUUGUUCAAAUACGUGCAAUACAUUUUUUUACAGACUUUAUGAGAAACUUUAUAUUUACUGUUCCAACCAUGGUAUAUAGGUUGUGCCAUCGUUUCACUGUCGCUAUUUUAUCUUUACACUGCCAGAAAUUUAUAGUCUUUAGUAGUGACGAGUCCUAUUUCGACAUUUGAGUCCUAUACUUUCCAGCAAAUUAUUUUAUAUACCUCAAAGAAUGUAGUUUAUAUGAUUGUUUGCUUUGAAGUCAACUUUGCUUUUUUAUUCUAUGCUCUUAUUGGAUAACAGCAAACUUAAAAGUUUAGGCUGAAAGUUUUUCAUGAAAUUGCCAUCGUCAAUUCAUCAUGAAAUGCUUAUCGGUUACCACAUUGAUUUGAAAGUGUAGUUGAGUAAACCCCUGUAUGUAUAUAUGAAUUUCAUAAACAGAAUCGGAUGUGCCAUAUAUUCAAGUAUGGUAAGUUUUCCUUCAACUUUGAAAUAGUGACGUUAUUUAAUUAUUUAUUGAAAAAAACCCCAAAGCUUUUCAACGAGUUUCCUUGUGUUGCCUAAUCGAAAGAAAAUCAUGAUGCUCAUUAUGGUCUGAUAUUUAUUUUAAUAUGUAAAUUAUAAACAACAAAAAAAUUAAUAAAGCAAAAAAACGUUUGUGUCGAAACAUUUAUAAAAACUCGACACAGACAAAAAAACAGUAUUAGUUAUUAUUCUUGUUUGUGAAUGUUGAUUAUUUUUCUUAUGUGAGAGCGUUACGCUUAGAUUUUGCGGGCACUUUGCUUGCGAAAAAUUGCAAAUGAUACAUAUCAAUUAACGGGUGUGACCUCCCAAAUUAAUAAUUAAGCAACGAUUUCAAAGAUAUAUAUGUAUAUUAAUAUUAAGGUUCAUUGUUUUCGUUAAAUGUUGAGAUUGUAUUUAUAACGUUGCUUGAUUUCUGUAGCAUAAUUUUUUGAUGUUUCCAAAUAUAUUGGUGUAAAUAUUCUGUGAAUAAAUUACCCUCUCACAAAUAGGACAUCCAAACUUUAUUGCUCUUCAAUAAAAAACGUGAAAUCGAUAUCGCUUUAUUGAAGAUAAUCCUCUAUCAUUUAUUUAUACACCUAAACUAGCAUAGUGGAGAGGGUAUGUUUCCAAAGAUAUUAUUUGUGAUUGAUAUACAUUUGAUCUCAAAAUGGUUAUGGGAUAGUUUUUGUUGCUUCAGGGCUAUAUAUAUUAUUUCUGUUGCCAUUUGUCGAUACCAAAACUAAAACACUACCCUGAAAUUUUAGUCACAAUGUGCCAAAACUUAUUUCUUAGGGAAGCAACAGUUGAAUGUCGUGUCAUUGAACUUUGAGUAUUAUUUUUGAGCUCUCGGAAAAUGUAUUACAGCGUUGCCUUAAAGUUUUAAAGAUUUUGUUACCUUGAGAAUACUACAAUUUCGACCUUUUUUAUAGUGUUGAUGUAUUUCCGUUAGCUCAAAAAUAACGUAUUACUUUGCCAUCAACAAAUUAUUACCGAGAUUUGUUGAUACACUGAAGAUUGUAUGAAUAUUGAGUUCUGCAUUCUGUUGAAUUUAUUUGGAGGUUGUCAGAUACCGAACUGUAUUGUAUUCCUCAAAUUGCCAUGUAUAUUCCUCUAGUUUCUUUUUGUUUUGUGCUGAUCAGUUACAUGGUCCAGGAACUACAGAAGUAUUCAAAGCUAUUAGUGUACGUGAUUCUCAAGAGGUUACAAGUUGAUACACGUUCAGGUUAUGAUGCACUGAGCAGAAGUGUCAGAACUCAAUGUUUGUUUAUUUUGUAAAUGAAGGUUUUGGAUUACUUCAAAGACUUCAUAACUCUGUAGUUCUAAUUCUAAAUCUACUAAAAAUUUAUUAGACAAUAUUUGAAGUCGGAUACAAUAAUUGUAAACAAUAAUCUCUUGUAUAACUUGGAAUAUAUCACCUGUAACACUUUUUGUUGUUCUGGUGAUAUAUAUUUCUUCCAGUGCUGAUGUCGAAAAUUCAGAAUCAUUAUUGGAAAGAAUAUAUCUCUAGUGUUUCUAUUAAUUGAUAGGGUAAAGUGAAAAUGUUACUUUUUUGUAAAGCUUGAGGAGUUUUUUUUUGUUCAACUCCUUCAGCUAGAUUAAGAGAUUGUAUCAAUUUAUUCAAUAAAGAGGAAAUAAAUCAAA